AUGCCCUGCUCGAAAGAUUCUCUUCAACGCUGCUGGGAGGAAUGCGAAUGCGAGUGCUACGACGACGACGGCGAACCCUUGGAGACGUGCGAGUGCGGACACCUCGCGCACCAAACCGUCGAGAACGGCUGCCCCCCCGAUGGUUCCGGCAUGGCUUAUUGCCCCGACUCGUGGUGUGGCAACCCUGACUGCAAGCUCACCCCGUGCAUGAUGUGUGGUACGGGGGGGUUGUCGUCGGUCAUGAACUGUCACAGUGGCUUGUGCUCUGCGGUCUGCGCGAUGACGAUGAACUUAGGAGGCCCGGUGAGCAGGGCCGGCACGGGCGAUUGCCCCAUCUGCCUGGAGGACCCGAUUCGGCUCGUCAAGUUGAAUAAGUGCGGACACACGAUGUGCUACGCGUGCCGAGCCAAAAACAUCCAGGCUCAGCGCGACAUUGCCACGGGUGAUGGUGAAGAAUUUUUGAACUUUCUCUCGAUGUGCCCAAUGUGCAGGGCGCCUAACGCCCAAGCCCUCGACCGCGAAAAUCCCUACGCGAACUUCAGGGAGGCGGCCUUUGCUCAGUACGAGCUGCGAGAAAACCGUGACUACGUCCCUCCCUCGGCUGAGUGA